GACUUGUAAAUAUUCCAACGGGGUAGCAUAAUUUAUCACGUCUGCGUUUUGACCGGGAGCCGUUUUCCGUCCGAAUCAUUAAAUGUACUUCUAUGGUUAUGAGUGCAUCUUAGAUUGUUCGUAAAUAAUAGCUUAUUACGCGCUAGCAGGUCGACGUGGUGCAUGGACUGUUACCUACAGACGCAUUACACACAAGUUUCAAUGCUGCCGCUUUCUGUCAACCUCGGGGAGAGGCUUUCGGAGAACAUCGUCCGCAGUGAAGGAUUUAUCAAAUGUAUUUGUCAAUAUUAAGACUGUUAGAUGUAUCAAGGAUAAACAAAUGGCUUCAAAACAUGUGCGUAACAGCCUCGAUGAUUUAAUUGUCAGCGGAAUAAACAAUGCUCCCCCGAUUGGCUCGAUUGAAUGGAUAGGUGUGGGAAUGGGAGCCACCUUAUGUUUCCAGAAAAACGAAAAGACAUUGGGACUGGAUCGAAUGUGGACUAAAUGUAUUUUAUCAGUUGGAAUGGUUUUGCUUUUAAUGCAGUCUGUCCUAGCUGCUGAUGAUGAAGGGCACUACAACGGGUCAUCAGGACAUGCAGCUCUGCCUCAGGACCCAGCUGUGCCCUCUAACCUCUCUGCCAGGGCAACGCCAGUGGAGGAUUGGCCCCUGGGCGCUCUAGCCGUGCCCACAGACCCAUCAGGGGCGACAGCAGAGAGCACCAGAGGGCAGCCAGGGUUCUCCCCUGUACUGACCCUGCUGGCUAGCUCAGACCAAGAGCCACAGGCCCCAGUGCAACCAUCAGUACUAGCUAAUGCCUCCUCAGCCUCCUCCUCAGCCAUCAACAAUGACAAUCAAACAGCAGGAACAACAGACCCUUUGUCGUUAGCCCCUGUAGCCAACAGCACCUCAAACASCAGCUCAGAGGAGACGGUCAGCAGUUUGCCUGCGAACCCAGAUUUACCAACAGUCCCAGUGUCCUCUCUGGCCACCCUGGGGGAGGGCGACUCCACCCUCCCAGACAAUGUGACUAGUCCUUUCUCCACUCACACAUGGAACACCACCACACCUGCAAGGGCUGACACCAACACCACUAUACCAUCCACCACAGCAGCCCACACCAACCCAACACCAGACACUGUGACCAAUGACAGUCUACAGCUCACGACUGUGACCACCACGACCAUCACACCCCUGACCGUGACCACCACACCUGUGACACCACAGACCACGACAGCUUUGACCACAGAGGCGGUUACAACCAUACCCGGGACCACUACGACCACACAGGAGGUGACCACCUUCCAAGAAACUACAUUGAUGACAACCACAACUGACCCACCCACCACGGCGACCACAACCACAAGUGCUCCCACUACAAGUACAACUACCACUGCACCGACCACCACUUUGACUGUCCCCACCACCACCACAGAAACCACCCCUGGACCAACCACAACUGAACCUCCUCCCAUCAGUGCUGAAGAGGAACGUCAACCAUGUAACAUCACUGAGAAGACCUGGGUCAAAACAGUGUUGUCUAUGCAGUUGAGGAGGAACAGGCUUGAUAUCAUUGUGAGGCAGAAUCUGUCUAAAGGACUCACCCAUGCUCUACAGAGGGCCUUCAAUGACACCAAUGUUUAUGUCCAGAUUGAACGGGAUCUCUGCAGCCCUCAUAAUGUCACCCUUGGGUACUAUGUAGCCAGUGGGAAAACGGUCUACAUAGCAUCUGUGGUGGUGGAGACAGUGAAGGCUUAUGGUUUUGACAAAGUGCUAGCAGACAUCCGGCAGCACAGUCCUCUGGUGAUGGCUGUUUUGCUCCCUGUGGCCCCCUGGGCCCCUAGCCUCAGUGUCCAUCUGCAGCUCAAAACAGUUCUCAGGUUCGUAGGUCCAACGGACAGCGUCAACUCCUGCAGUUUUGUUCAGAUGAUGGAACAACGGCUGGAGAAUGCGUUUGAGGAAGCUCAGGACAAAGUGCUGGAAUCUUACAGCGGCCUUUCUGUUGAGAUCCAGAGCACCUCCCAAGCGAUUGGCUCUCCUGCCGUAUCUCUGGUCUAUGUGGUCAAGAACCAGGACGCGAUCCUGAAUGGAACUGUCUCCAGCGGUCUCCUGAAUCAGCUGACCGCAGCGCUGGUGGGCUACUUCCUCUUCUUCCCGCCCCUCGUCAUUGCUGAGCCACUAGAGUACCACAACCUCAAUACAUCCACUGCCACCAAGCACUACUGGGUGAUCACAGUAAUUCAGGAUGUUGACAGCUCAUCUCUGGAGAGGAAUUAUCAGAGCUUUGCUAGUUUAAUGGAGCAGCGGCUGGCUGAGCUGUUUUUGGUGMCUGGGCGUCAGGGGAGRCAGGGGAGCCGCUUUAGAAGGGCRACCACRGURGGGKMCUACACRGUCCAGAUGAAUUGUUUUAUGUAA